CUCCAUAAUAUCUUGAAUCAAUAUUCGAGUAGAUUUAAGUUUGUAAGAAAACACAGCAAAAGGAAGAAAAAAAAAGGUGGUGGUUGGAUGAUUGGGGAGGGAGGCCAGGCCGGUGCCCUGUUGGUAGAGGGAAUGAGGGAUAGUGGGAUUCCAAGCCAGCCACCGUCUGGUUGGGAAAGUAAAAGCAGGUUCGUUCUCGGGUUUUGAUUGGGAUUGGGUUCUGCUUCGCUCUAGCUAGCUGUUGGUCGAAUUCCAUCCAUUUCUUCCGUUGCAUCGGCCCCUCCCUUCCUUCUCUAGUUCCCUUCCCUUAGUAUUAACUACGACGAUGGUGGUGGAUGCUGGUGUUGGUGUUGGCGGCGGCGGCGGCGGCGCCGGGACAUGUGCCGUCGGAGGAUUCGUCUGGGACGUGCUGCUGUGGCGCCGGGGCCGCGCCGACGUGAGCGCCUGCCUGCUGGCGGGCACCGUCUCCUCCUGGCUGCUCUUGUACGGCGGCUACACCUUGGUGUCCCUCGCCUCCAACGUGCUGCUCCUGCUCCUCACCGUGCUCUUCCUGUGGGCCAAAGCGGCGCGCCUCCUGAACAGGCCGCAGCCUCCCGUCCCGGAGCUGCGCGUUCCGCAGCAGGCCGUGGACGAGGCGGCGGCGCUGCUGCGCUCUGCUCUGGACGCCGCCUCGGACGCUUUCCGGGACAUCGCUCUGGGCAGGGACUCGCUGCUCUUCUACAGAGCCUUCCUCUGCCUGUGGAGCGUGUCCAUCGUCGGCAGCGUUACAGAUUUCCCGACCGCCUGCUACGCAAGUGUGGUGGCCGCUCUGACCAUCCCGGCGCUGUACCACAGGCACCAAGAGUGCAUCGCCACCUACUUGAGCUUCGCCUACAUGAACCUCCGGAUGUACGAGAUGGCGUACGAGAGGCUGUCCAUGAAAUGCUUCGUCAAGGUCAGGGACUGGACAAUGGAGCUACUCAAGGAUCCAUGAUCCCUUGGUUGUUUGCGAGCGAGUGAGUGCUUCAGGUAUAGAGUAGAUUGAUCGGUAGAUAGAAUAGUGGUGGUUUUGAUUGAUUGAUGCUGACUCUUGUUGUUUGAUCGAUCAGUGCUCUGGUAGAUAUAGUAGUGGUUUUGAUUGUUUGGACUUUAGCAUGCAAACAUUAAACAUUCUUUCUACAGCC